AUGCCGCGCCCCGGGCCCGCCUCCGCGCUGCUGCUGCUGCCGCUGCCCCCGCUGCUGGCGCUGCUGCUGGGGACAGGGGCGCCCCUAGAGCGGGGAUCAGCACCGGGGACAGCUCCCGGGGUCGCUGAGUAUAGCCCCCACCUCCUUCCUCCCGCAGCCACCGCGGCUCCCUUGGCGCCCAGACCCUCCAAGGAGGAGCUGACCCGCUGUCUGGCAGAGGUGGUCACAGAGGUGCUGACACUGGGCCAGGCCCAGAGAGGACCCUGCACGGCUCUCCUCCGCAAAGAGAUGUGCGAGACAGAGCCCCACGGCUGCAUGUCCUCCGGGGAGAAAGGCCUGCUGGUUGGGGAUUUCAAGAAGCAGGAGGCUGGGAAGACCAGGUCCAGCCAGGAGGUGAGGGAUGAGGAAGAGGAGGAGACAGCAGAGAGGACCCACAAGUCUGAGGUCCGGGAACAGGCCGUCCGCGAGAAGCUCCACAGCCGGAUCCACCAGGAGGAGGAGGAGGAGGAGAGGAGGGGGCCCAUGGAGACCUCCGAGGACCUGUGGCAGCAGCAUCUAGAGGGUGGAGGGGGCCCCCAGAAGCGGGUGGCAGAGAAGGCCAGUGACGAGGAGACAGCCCAGUUCGAGGCGGAGGAGAAGGGCGUGCAGGUGCUGGGCGGGGGCCGCAGCCUGUGGCAGGGGGGCGGGACAGGUGGAGGAGCGAAGCAGGAGGACUCGCCACACCACCACCACCACCACCACCACCACCACCGCCAGCCAGAGGCUGAGCCCAGGCAGGAGGAGAGGGACGAGGCUUCGGAGAGAGAGGAACAUGACGUGGAGCAGCUGGAGCACGUGAGGGAUGCGCUGAAGGAGGCCACGGAGAAGCUGGGGGAGCAGCUCAGGAGGGAGGGCUGACCCCCUGCCCUCCUCCUUCCCGACACCCUGCGGCUUAGCACUGUUGGCCCCGAAGCCCCCACCUCACCUGGCACCCUACUCCACCUGCACCCUGGCAGGGGUGGGGAGAAGGGUGUGCCUUAGAACCAAGCCCGAGGGGACGAAUCUGAGCUGGGUAGCGGAGCUGGGCUCAGACCUGACUCAGGAAACACCCCAACACCCAUCUAACCCCCUCCGACCCUUCUGAGUGA